UUCUCUUUGUUUUUUACUACACCGAAAUAUCGAGCUACUUUAUUUUUGUGAUUUUUGACAUACCAAGCGUCGCAUUUUCGGAAAACACGUGUUGGAGUUAAUUUGCGGACAUUUGAAAUCUAGUGGAAACAUUGCUAUAUUCUCUGCAGCGAGUCACUAAAAUGGCAGUAAAAAACAAAAAACUAGCCCAGAAAGUAAAACCUGUGAACAAAAAAGAGAAAAAGCCUCAGCCACCACCACAGGAAAGCGAAGAAGAUGACGAUGAUCUUGAGGAGCAAGAUGACGAGGAACUUUCAGUAGAGGCCGAUUCCGAUCUUGGAGGAGAAGAGGAACAAAGUGAUGCCGAGGAGGAAGCUGACUCAGAGGAAAAAGAGGAAACGGACGUCGAGGUUGAUCCUCCCGCUGUAGCUAAAAAGAAGCCAACAGUCGAAAAAACCGAGCUAGACGACGAAGAGUCUAUGAAAGCAACAGUUUUUGUUGGUCACAUCAAAUUCGACAUUAGUAAGAAAGAGCUGGAAGAGUUCUUUAGCGGAGUUGGCGAAAUAAAGAACAUUAGGAUUAUUGCAAAACGAGGAUUUGCAUUUAUUCAAUUUGCAAACGAAAAAGUGGCUAAGGAAGCAUUGAAGCUAGAUAAUAAACCGCUAGAUGGUAAAGAGAUCCACUUGGAAAUGGCUAAAUCAAAGCGCUCUGUCCCUGACAAGAAACGGAAGGCGCCGAAACAUGAUGACCAACCAGUUUCAAAAAAGGCAAACACAUCCAAUCAAGCUAACAAGUCGGAUUCACCCCAAAAGGGUAAGCCGAAAACCCCACAAUCAGUGAAUCCUAAUAAGAAAAGGAAUAAGCCCAAACCAGGACAAUUUGUGAAGGCCAAAUAAUUGUUAUUUGGGAUAUAUUAGUUAUUAAGAGAGAAAAACUGUAUAUUGCAUUUGAAAAUAUACUUAUCAACAUCAACUAAAACAA